AUGUCGACUCACAGAGCCCUUGUACUUCAUUCCCGGGAAAAGCCACUCGUUCUCGAAACACUCCCCCGUCCCAUUGCAUCUGCUGGUGACGCGAUUGUUCGCAUAUUAGCCGUUGAUAUCGUUCCAUACAUGGGAGAAGUGAUAAGCAACAAACGACCAUACCCCCUCUCUCUGCCUCUAACACCGGGGAACACCGCCAUCGGGCGAAUUCACGAAGUCGGACCGGACUCCGUUGCCCUCACACCAGGCCAGCUGGUAUUCUGUGAAAUUACCAUUCGCGCCCGAGAUAACCCUGCCGUUUCUAUUCUGUAUGGUAUCCACGGGGGCGGAUAUCCCGCCGCACAGAAAUUGAUGGACGGAGUUUGGCGCAACGCGACGUACGCCGAGUAUACACGGUUCCCAUUAGAGAAUCUGUACCCACUCAACGAGGACCUUCUUCUGACGAAACUGGGGUACAGCGUGAACGACCUCUGUCUGAUGCCUACUUCCCUUGUUUCGUUUGGUGGUCUUUCGGAGGUCGACGUGAGACCCGGCGAGGUAGUCAUCGUGGCGCCAGCAACAGGGCGGUAUGGCGGCGCCGCUGUCAGCGUUGCAUUUGCAAUGGGCGCAACAGUGGUCGCUGCUGGGAGAAACAUGGCCACCCUGGCCAAACUUAAGGAGGUUCAUUGUACAGACCGGCUAAUAAUUGUUCAACUCACCGGCGACGAGGCUGCUGAUGCGGACUUAUUUCGAGAAGCAGCCGGGAGGCCGGAUGGGGCAGAUGUCUACCUUGACCUCUCGCCACCAGCGGUCCAGGGAUCAUUGCUGCUGUCAUCUGGCAUAAAGGCAUUACGUCCUUUUGGUCGAUGCGUCCUGAUGGGAGGGAACUCGGGAAAUAUUGACAUUCCGUACCUUGAUAUCAUGUUCAAGAGUAUUCGGAUCCAAGGGCGGUUUAUGUAUGAUCGCCGGCAUGUCUUGCAGAUGAUUGAGAUGAUUGAGUCUGGAUUACUUCCUCUUGGCCACAAGUCAGGUAUCACCCACACGGAAGAAUUUGGACUUGAGGAAAUCCAAGGCGCAUUGGAGGCGGCUGGGAAUCUGAGUGGUUGGGGUGGUCAUGUUGUGCUGAAACCAUAG